UUUUUUGGUUUUUGUUCAAUUAAUUGUCUUUCAUAGGCCUAAAAAAAGGGAUCAACAUUUCCUUGUUUCUGUGAUUUUUUUUCAAGGCAAAAGAGCGAGCCUGCAAUUGGAGAGUUGCAUCAAAUUUGAUCAUCUCAUAAGGUUCUCCAACAAAUUAUACAACCAGAAUCCAUCUAACUAGGAGUUAGAAGGGAGUUCAUGGUGGUAGAGAACGUUAAUGAUCUCUACACGAUGCUAAUUAGUCAUCGUGGUGGAAAUGUGGUUGCAGAAAAUAAUGCGAAUGCGCAAACCUCGAGUGGAAAUGGACAUGAAGUGGAGUUAUAGCAUCCUCGAUUCGAGGAAAGCUUCAUAAGCAACCUCCUUUACCAGCUUGUACUUGCAUAUUUAGAAUCCCCAGUGUACUACGCAGGCAUAAUGAAAAAGCUUUUCUUCCAAAUUUAGUUUCAAUAGGGCCAUUUCACCAUGGACAAAAGAACCUGCAAGUCAUGGAAGAAAUUAAACUAUGGUAUCUAUAUUGCCUCCUUGAUCGAAAACCAACUUCAGAGACCAGGUUGGAGUACCUUGUGGAACUAAUUAGAAGUAUAGAACAACAUUGUCGUGAUUGCUAUGGUGAAAAAAUUGAUAUGAGUAGUGAAAAGUUUGUAGAAAUGAUGGUGGUUGAUGGUUGCUUUAUUAUAGAACUCUUUCGCAAGUAUGCGAGAGUGGUGCCUAGUGACAAAGAUGAUCCUGUGUUCUAUACGUUAUGGAUGCACUCGGCACUUAUAAAUGACUUGUUUCUACUCGAAAACCAGCUUCCUUGGAAGGUUCUUGACUGUUUAUUCCACCACACAAGGGAAAAUAAUGACAAACCACCGGCCUAUUCUCUGUCUCAUCUUGCUCUCAACUUCUUCAGGAAUUCCACAUUCUUACAGUCUACACAGCUUUACGGAAAAUCAGGAAGUAAACAUUUACUUCACAUCAUACGACACUCUUUACUUGGCUCAUAUACGCAAUUACAAUUAACGUUUAAAAGUUAUUGGGAACCAAUUCCUUCUGUAACAGAACUUCUACAAGCUGGAGUCCAAUUCAAAAUCAGAAACACCGGUGACAACAUGCUUGAUAUAACCUUCGAGAACGGAGUGAUGGAAAUUCCACCAGUAAACAUCCGAGAAAAUGGAGAGUCUCUCUUCAGAAACCUCAUCGCUUACGAGCAGUGUAAUCCAAGCAUCUCGAUUUCUAAUAUUACCUCUUACGCUGUGGUGUUGGAUAACCUUAUCAAUUCUAGCAAAGAUGUAGACUUUCUCAUUCAGAAAGGAAUUAUAACUACAGUACUGAGCAAGGAGGACAUUGCCUGUUUCUUCACUAGGCUUUACAAUGACACUAUUCCCGGCUAUUUCUCUUACGCAGAACUCACCAAGAAUGUGAAUGCAUUCUAUCAGGACCGGUGGAACAGAUGGCAAACAAUUCUCAGGCGUGAUUAUUUUAACAAUCCGUGGUCAAUCUUGUCAUUUGCUGCUGCUCUUAUGAUCCUAGGCAUGACCUUCAUUCAAACCAUAUAUACUGUUCUGGCUUACUACUAGGGUUCCGGUAUGCACUGUGCAAUUGUGCCUUUGUCAAUAUCUUUGUAACGUUGCUAAAUAUACAUGAUCGUGAAUUGGAAUUGUGGAUUUAGCUCAUGCUGUAAAAUCCAAGGCUGUAAUCUGUUGUAUGUUCAAAAUAAAGCCAAGGCUGUAAUUGCUUA